AUGGAAGAAGGAUUGGAAAAGAGGUACCCCAGUUAUGUCCCAUCUGAAUUGGUGAGUUGUUCUUCAAAAGCUUGCAAUGUGACGAACCAAUACUAUUGUUAUUUGAUGGAGUUGAAGCAAGAUUACAAUUGUUAUUUGGAGUUGAAGCAAGAUUACAGGUAUGAGGUGUCCGUUCAUGAUAUUGUACUUGCAAUUAGGACUGAACUUCACUCAGAAAUCAUACACACCUUAUCAGCCACAUCAUUUGAUGUGAAAAGGGGAAAAUUGCAUCUCAACCUCACAUCUGCAGGAACCAUUCAACUUAGCCCAGAAAAGGUUGAGAAAUGUAGAAGAUUUCAGACUACCCUGUUUAGGAUCCUGCUGAAUAAGGAGGUUAAUAAGUUAACGAGUGCUUCAGAUGAUUUCAGUUUGGGAGAUAAUCCUGAGAUUGAUUAUCUUGUGCUCCCAGCCACCGUUAAACACCAGAGACCAUCAAAUUCAAUUAUUGAUAUGACGUGGUUGAAACUAAAACAUCCUCUGCAUGGUUUUUGGGAGGCGCAGACCAUGAUGUUUCAUUAUAAAUGGAGUAGCUUGGUUCUACCUUAUGUAGCUUAA